CAGAUAUGACAGAAGGCCAUGAUUUAGGCGCAAACAUUUCCUCGCGUACGAUUCGUUAAACCGUGAAGUUUACACGUAUGAUAAAUACUGAAGAAGAAGUAACGCAAUGUACAGGUGAAAUUGAAAAUAACUUUUCAUCAAGAGUAGAGCCUCGCAGGGUCACUGUCAACCAAGCUGGCACGAGAUUGCCUACCGGAGUGGAACCAGAAGCAAUUGACGUGACCGUAUAUUAUACGCGAGCGGAAGACUUGACACCUCUACACUCGCCUGGUUGCGAAGCCACUGCUCUCCUUGUGCAAAUCAACUCGGUCAACUGGACCACUGUCUGUUCUGCUUUGACCACUGCACGCCGCCUCGCAAUUUACCACCCCAAUGAGUUGAAACUUGUUCUUGAUACAGUUAUGCCUCACUUGAAAUUACACAUUGCCAGUCUUAGAAGUUCAGUGUGCAAGACAGCAUUGAUAUGUGCGACUGAUUUCUUGAAAGCAUUUGGGGAACUCAUGUUCAUUCACUUGCAAUCUGGUUCACCCUCACUCUUGGCAAUCCUUUUGCAAAAGGCUGCGCUGGAUAAGCGAUUUGUCAUGGACGAAGCGAAAAGAACCCUGUCGAUGAUGAUAAAUGCCAUGCCUUGUAAAGUGCUCCUGAAUAUGCUAUUCCUCCACGUUCGCGACACGAACUGCAAGGUCCGAGCAAUAGUUGCCAAAUAUUUGACAGAAACCGUUGAAAAAGCCCUGUGUGAGCGAGAACGUGGUAUAGAGUGCUGCAUCGACUACAACCAUGAAUAUUUACUUCAAGCUGUUGCAACUUUUGUAAAUGACAGACAGCCUGGGGCUCGAGAAAGCGCGCGACAGUUGCUCUCAAAAUUGAAAGAUACAUACUACCACGACACAAGUUCUGAUGAGUGGUUCAGGUUUGUAGAAAGAUCUCUCGGAAAACCCACUGCAAUCAAGAUUUUAAGAACUGUUUAACUAUUUCUGUACACCAUCUGGCAAGCCCGUCAUCGUAACUAGGCCAUACCCGUCUUGAAAAAUGAAAAAAAAAUAGAAUACGU